GUUUCUAAUAGCUUCUUGCUAGUGGUAUUGCUUGCUACUUGGUAAAGGAAUACUCGUAAUUACUUGUUCGCCUUUUCAGUCACUUGUUGCCACAAAGUCGGCCUCAAGCGCGCAGCAAAGCAGUUCGACGGUUGGUCCAUUCUGCUUCAGAUGUUCAACAGAUGUCAGGACGCUCGCAGGAAGCGUUUCUGCGCGCAUCGCGUUUCUCCGGCUCAAGGGGAUCAACAUCGGGGUGGGACGUGAUGUAUUGCUACUGUUGCUGGCAGGAAGAUACCAGCAAGCCGCAAGACGUCCUGGACAUCACUGAUGAAAAGCAGCGGACAACGUUUCCGACCGAAAGUGCCAUGGCUACACGCACAAUGGAGGAUACGCCAUAUACCUUCACGGUGAAGUACCGGCGGAAGGGGCCCUUGUUUCUGGACCAGACCGACGUCCACAAUGUGUUGAUCAAAGACGUCACUGGACCUCUACUUGACUGGAACAACAGUCAUUUAGACCACGAAGUCAGGAGAUAUGACCGGAUCGCACAGGUGAACGGUAAAAAGAUCUCUGGCAACGAUGUGGAGCUUCAUUUGGAGGACAAGAGCUCUUCGGAGAUCCUCCUCACCCUUCUCCGCCCUGCCAAGCGACGGGUGACCUUGCACAGACCUGGGAAGCUGGGCGUAGAUCUUCAGUAUCGGAAGUCCAGCACCAAGCCCUGGCUGACGAACAUCACCGAGGGCCUUUUGAUGCAGUGGAACCAGGAGAAUCCAUGCGAGAUCGUCACUGCUCACGACCGGCUCCUCACGGUGAAUUCCAGAGAGGAUCUGGAUGGUGUCAUCGACGAAGUCCGUGGACCCAGCACCACGCUGGUCCUGGAGGUUUUACAUUACGGUAUCGGGCUUCAUUGAGGCCACUUCAAAGCUCCACCUGAGGCCGCAUCGUUGCCGAAGCCAACGACUGCGGUGUGAAAAGUCUAAAGACGAGCUGUGAAAACGAGGAACGAGAAACAAUAAGCUACUAGUAACAAGUGCAUCGCUACUAGUAACAAGUGCCUUACUAGUAGUAACAAGAAGCUAUUA